UGUUUUUCUUGUUCGUAUUUUUUUGUUUGUUGUGGUUGCACCCGAUUCAAGAGCCGAAUGGCUCUCUUGCCGAGGCAAGAGAACGAAUUUUCUCCUGCCUCGGCAGCUCUCUCGCUAUAUUUGUUGCGAUCGAAACGUCGUGACAAUUGUACUACUUUUCUACCUACGUGGCUUUACCGAAAGACCAAAAAGAAUACGAAUUCCCGCAGUCACGAAAGCUUUAAGUCAAGUGUGUGUGUGUAUUAAUUAUCCACACCCCUUGUCGGCUUCACUUGAGUGCCGGCAUUCUGAAAGCCAGCGUCGUCAGACGCAAGACGGGACCUGCUCAGCGUGAUUCGGCGGAGUGUUUGGGGGCGAAUGGCAGCUUUCAAGGCGUCGCGUUUUGUGCGCCUGUUUGCGCUCUCUCUCUCUUGCUCUCUUGCUCUAGCACAAAAAGUUAUCGCGGCCUGCACGCAGCAGAAGAAUCACAGGCCCAUCAUCGGGGCUUUGUGCCAGGAGACUGUGACCGGGCUGAGUGCGCUGAGCCCGAGCUACAUCGCUGCAUCGUGCGUCAAGUUCUUGGAGUCCGGAGGUUCCAGGGUAGUUCCCAUCAGGGUGGGUUUGAGCAAGAGUGAAUACACGGACGUCUUUUACUCAAUAAAUGGACUUUUUUUCCCCGGCGGUGAUGUGGACUUGGUGACUUCUGCUUAUGCCAAAGCUGCCAAAAUACUGUUCGACCUCGUCAUGCAGGCGAACGAGUGCGGCAACUACUUCCCGGUGUGGGGCGAGUGCCUGGGGAUGCACGAGCUGGCCUACCUCGUUGCCGGGGAGAACCUUCUCACGCUCACGUGCACACAGGACGUGGCGCUGCCCCUCAACUUUACCAAGGAAUCCAAACAAAGCAAGCUUUUUCGGAAUUUCCCCAAAGGCGUUCUGGACACCUUGGCUUCUGAGUCCACGACGGGCAACAUGCACAACUGGAGCCUCUCACUCAAGAACUUUUCUGCAAAUGAGAAGCUGAGAAAUUUCUAUCGCGUUUUGACGACAAACACCGACUCCAGUGGGGUGGAGUUUAUCUCCACGAUGGAAGCCUACCACUACCCUGUCUAUGCUCUGCAAUGGCACCCGGAGAUGAACCCGUACGAGUGGGCCAACCGGCGAGCUCUGGUUCACAGUGACGGGGCCAUCAGAGCUGCCUUCCACAUGGCCGCUUUCCUCGUCAGCGAAGCUGCGAAGAGCGCCCACCGAUUCUCCAGCCAGGAGGAGGAGGAGAGGCAUUUAAUCUACGGCCACUCGCCCGUUUACACGGCGCAACUCGAUUUGUUCCAGCAAGCGUAUUUCUUUGAUCGAGAAAUCACCGGACGCAGUCGUGAGGAUUGCGCGCCUGAGCCCACAGAAUUGUGAAGCUCGUGCUUGCGUGCACAUUUUCCCAAUAAGUAUCCAAGGAGCUCGUUUUAAAUUAUGUACACGUAUCGAAAUAAAUACGUGCAAUCCUCCACACCAUAUGUUUGCCGACGGAUUACGUGCUGCACGUUUCUGUUUAUGGCAGGAACACAUCCCAAAAUACAGACCGCUCUAAUAUUUUUCAAUAGACAAAAGAUUGCAUGUACAAUACCUGAGCCUUAUCCAGAGCUUUUGAGCAUUUAGUGCAUAUCUCAGUGUGUGGUUAAACCUUUUUGUUUUCCGGCCUGCACUGUUUCUGUUAUAAUGGGUUUUCUCAUUGUUCCCAUGUUUGAUUUAGGUCUAGAAUCUUUUAGCUAACCUUGGCUGUGUCCGUGAUGCCUGGCUCAUGUUUGAAAUUGAUUUAAUAAGAUAACUUUUCACAUUUCCCCAAUGUUACCCCAACUGUGCUAUUAGCAUUGUUUUAUAUGAAAAUAUAUCCAACCGGAUCUCUUGCACGGUAGUGCAACCCUUCGUGUUAGAGAAUGGUCCAAAAAAGUGGAUAUCACAGAGCUAUUUCUGAGAUCCCUUCAAAGUGACCUGGCCCACCCAGAGCAGCCAUUUCUGCCCUGGGUAGGCCAGAUACACUAUUUUGAGUCUCUGUCGGAAUGAGACUAACUCAAAUGUUACAUUCUGUGCACUAUUUAAUGUUUACAGCAAACCCUUGCCUCUCGCGGGUUUUGCUUUUGCGGUUUACUCCAAAUUUAUUGAGGUACAGUUCACCAAUCGCACCCUGUGGUUCGACCAUUCGCAGUUGACCGCGAGAUUCCUGCACGCAUCAUAACUGGACUGCUCGCAAUGAUGCUGCUGCAGAAGAACAAAAACGCCAUCUUCUCUCCAUCUUGUCUCCCAAGCGGCCCAAUUGCGGGUUCCAGGUCAAGCGGUGUUCCCAGCCUCGAGUGAGAAGGCAGUGAGGUUUAGCCGCACAAAUGUUCUACCUGUAUAGUACUGUACACGGAUACGCAGACAGCAUUCUACACUCCAUUGUUUUCAUUCUGGCCAUUCACACAAGUUAUAUUUAACACGUAAAUAUUUUACAAAAUACCGUUUAAUAUUUGGGUUGAUGUACGGUAAAACCAAACAAAAGGGGUGUCGUUUACCAUCCGUGUGUAAUGACAGGGUGCCAUCCGUUGACCAGGAGGGGUAGUCACGAGUAUGGGUGCGUUAUAUAACACAUUCCUGCGGAGGGAGCUGGUGGGAACGUUGGGUUGCUCGGUCAAUGGCCAGGGUCAACG